AUGGAAUCUCCAUUGAACACGGCGCAUCAACAUGCUCGAAAAUCAGAGUUGUUGAUUAAAAAUGGUAAAUAUCCAGAAGCAAUACAGUGUCACACUGAAGCUGCAGAGUGUAUUCUGCAAGCUAUGACGCUCACUGGUUCUAAUCAUGCUCUUGAAUCAUUAAAGCUACAGCAUGGCUAUCAUUUGAAAAAAAUUGAUCAAUUAGAAGAGCAAUGUUUAAGAGAAGAAAGAAAGGAAAGUAAGAGAUUAUCCAAGGGAGGUGAUAAUAUGGUAAAUAAAGAAAGUCAAACUGAUAAUAUUGAAGCCAGUAUAUUUGAUGCAGUGGCUGAUGAACCAUCUUAUGAAUAUGAUAAUGUUUAUCAAACAAUGACAGAAACAGAUACUUUAUUGAAUUUUCUAGACAAGAGAAAAACAUGCUUUGAAACAACAUCUGGGAUUCCAGCUAAAAUACAUUCUAAAGCUCCCAUAAAAUAUAUAAAACAACCAAAAGACAGUCAAACUAUUAUAGAAGAGCUGUCCAUACAUAAUGAUAAUUUACGGGGUCACAUUGAACAAUUGUUGAAUGAAAUAGAUUCAUUGAAAGCUGAAAGAGAUAACUUUCAGAAGAUUGUGAAUAAUAAAACUGGACAAACACCUUUGACCAAUGAUCUUUAUGAAAGACAUUUUUCUCAAGAAGAUUUUUAUGAUUUACCUCCUUUGGAGAUGCCUACAUUGGGGCCUGAAUUUUAUGAUGAUGCAAGUAAAUCAGAAAAUAGCACACGUGCAGCAGAUUCUUUGACAUGUAAAGAUUAA